GGUCCUUGUCAGAUGAGAGCUCAGAUGUCCUCGGAGCCACACUGAGACCGUGCGCCCCGCUAUCAUGGCUCCACGCUCUCUGAGGAAGCCCUAGGCUCAGCUCUGUGUGCAGCACGCAGCUGCAGCUGGGAGAGCCAAGGUCUGUCUGGUGCAGUGUACGAGUGCUCAGUGUAGAUGCUGAAGUCAGAGCCAGUGGGGCGAUGCAUGUUAGGGUUACUUGAGCACCUUUAGAACUGACUCACAACGCUCACCCUCCGUCUUCAACGACUAAUUGCCAUGCCUGUUAGAGCAAGAGAGCACAGAACUCUCCCGAGAUGGAGAAAUUAUACCUGAAAUUGCCGCCUGGAGAAAUUCCCAGCCUGCUACUCGUGACCUCUGGGGCAUGCGGAGCUUGUAGACCCCUCUCAUUUGCACACAACUGUGUGGGAGCUAAGUUUGCAUCUCUUCCCUGGGAGGUGAAGUCCCGCAAACAUACCCAGCUCUAACGCAUCAGUGACUGCUUUGAGACACACGAGUAUGCCCGGAGGUCGCUCAAGAUCCAGAACAGAGGCACUAGGUCAGCUGCAGUGGCCGAGUGUAACACAGCAAGCGAGGUGAUGGACUUUGUCUCCUGCUGGCUCGGGACCUCUAGGCACAGACACCCGAGACAGCGAAACUGUGCGAGGGUUUGGGGAGGAACCCAGUGGGGAGGAUGGAGGCUCUGGACCCAGCACCACCCCCUGGAGGAAGAGGGAGCUCGGUGGGUGGUCGAUGGGGACUCCCUGUCCAGUCUCCUCACAGCUUUGAGUCACUGAGGGGCAGGGUCCCCAUGAAAAGGGGGGUUGGGGUCUACAGUGUGGCACGGGUCCCUACGCUGUCGCCCUCCUAGUGAGGGGGUCCUCUCUCACUGCCCCGUCCCCUCCCUCGAGCUCCCACGGAGGACGCCAGGUCAGCAGAUCCAGGUGGAGGGCAGCAUAGGACAGGUUAAGGAGCAAGGCCGGAGUCCUGUGUCUCACUGCACCUCCGGCUCUUCGUCUGCACGAGGUCCUGCCAUUGCAUCCAAAUCCCAGCCAAGGGAAAGAGGUCCCGGUAGAGAGGGAACACCUUCGUCCCUCCUAGAAACCCGCAGGACACUGACGGGAGGCUUUGUGAACCUGGGCAGUCCUGUGUGGGACUGAAACCUGGGGCUCCCAUUGCUAAAGAAUAGAAGAUAACAGGGCCGGGAUUUAACUCAGUGGCACCCGCAAGCGCAAGGUCCUGAAUUUGAUCCCUGGUACCAAAAAAAAAAGAGCAGACCAUAACAGACAUGGGGUUCAACUAGUGGCGUCUGGCCAAAAGGCGGAGAAACGUGGCACACAUGGUCCGUAGGACACAAGCUCUCCAGAUGACUGUAAUUUCACUUCUUCCUCUGACACUGAGACGCCGAUGAAGGUGACAGCAAGGAGGUGGCCUCAGACACUGCAGCCCCGCAUGGCCGCUUCCUCUUUGGGUUCGGGCCUGUUUUCCACAGCCCGAGGCACAGUGCCUUUCAAAGGAGGACGGGAGCCGCGGCCACAGAGAGAACCGCGCAUUUACACGACCGUGUGCGUCCUCCAUGCACCUGGCUGUAACUGCGGGGAGUGCGCGGGGCGGGGCCGCGGGGGUGGACGCCCGCGCCGUCCUUAGCUGUGGCCUCCAGUGCGACUCACCGGCACCAAGUACGGCUGCGGGGGCGGCGGCUGCGGCGCCUGCACCGUGAUGAUCUCGCGCUACGACCACAGCGCCCGGAGGGUCAGGAGAGGAUCGCCAAGAGCCACGGCACGCAGUGUGGCUUCUGCACCCCCGGGAUGGUGAUGUCGCUGUACACGCUGCUGCGAAACUACCCACAGCCCUCGGAGGAGCAGCUCCUGGCGGCCCUGGCAGGCAACCUGUGCCGCUGCACGGGGUACAGACCCAUCCUGGACGCGGGCAGGACCUUCUGCAAGACUUCUGGCUGCUGCCAAAGUAAAGAAAAUGAGGUUUGCUGUUUGGACCAAGGAGUAAACAGACUGCCAGAACCCAAGGAGGGAGGCCAGAUGAGUCCAAAGCUCUUCUCGGAAGAGGAGUUUCUGCCGUUGGACCCAACUCAGGAGCUGAUAUUUCCUCCCGAGCUGAUGAUACUGGCUGAGAAGCAGCCGCGGACCCCCCGGGUGUUUACGGGGGACAGAAUGACCUGGAUUUCCCCGGUGACCCUGGAGGGCCUUCUGGAAGCCAAGUCCAAGUUCCCCCACGCCCCGCUGGUCAUGGGCAACACCUCCGUGGGGCCUGAAAUGAAAUUUAAAGGUGUCUUCCACCCGGUUAUAAUUUCUCCUGAUGGAAUUGAAGAGCUGAGUGUUAUAAAGCAUGCAUGCAAUGGGCUGACUCUGGGUGCUGGCCUAAGCCUGGCCCAGAUGCAGGAUGUCCUGGCUGAUGUGGUCCAGUGGCUCCCAGAAGAGAAGACGCAGACAUUCCAUGCUCUCCUGAAGCAGCUGAGGACGCUGGCUGGGUCCCAGAUCAGGAACAUGGCUUCUUUAGGGGGCCACAUCUUGAGCAGGCAUCCGGACUCAGAUCUGAACCCCCUCUUGGCUGCAGGUAGCUGCACCCUCUGUGUGCUGUCGAAAGAGGGGGAACGGCAGAUCCCGCUGGAUGAGCACUUUCUCAGCAGGAGCCCCAGCGCGGAUCUCAAGCCCCAGGAGGUCUUGCUGUCCAUGACUGUCCCCUACUCCCGGAAGUGGGAGUUCGUGUCCGCCUUCCGGCAAGCUCAGCGCAGAGAGAAUGCGCAAGCCAUAGUGAAUGCAGGGAUGAGGGUCUUCUUUGGGGAAGGGGACGGCGUCAUCACAGAGCUUUCCAUCCUGUACGGCAAUGUCGGCCCGGCCGCCAUCUGUGCCAGGGAUGCCUGCCGGAAGCUCGUUGGCAGGUCCUGGAGUGAAGAGACGCUGGACGAGGCCUGCAGGCUGGUGCUGGGCGAGGUCACCAUCCCUGGCUCGGCCCCUGGUGGCCGGGUGGAGUUCAGGCGGACCCUGCUGGUCAGCUUCCUCUUCAGGUUCUACCUGCAGGUGUCCCAGGGCUUGAGCCACAUGGACCCGGGUCGCUAUCCCAGCCUGGUGGGCAAGUACGAGAGCGCGUUAGAAGACCUCCACCCCGAGCACAGACAUGGCCGGGGAACGUUCAGGUACCAGAACACGGACCCCAAGCAGCUUCCUCAGGACCCCAUUGGCCGCCCUGUCAUGCACCUGUCCGGGGUCAAACAUGCCACCGGGGAGGCCGUCUACUGCGACGACAUGCCCGCGGUCGACCAGGAGCUGUUCCUGACCUUUGUGACCAGCUCGAGAGCCCAUGCUGCUAUCGUCUCCAUGGAUCUGUCAGAGGCUCUCAGCCUGCCGGGCGUGGUGGACAUCGUGACGAGCAAGCACCUUGGGGACGUAAACUCCUUCUCCACAGAGACAUUGCUGGCGACAGACAAGGUGCUGUGUGUGGGUCACCUUGUCUGUGCCAUCAUCGCAGAUUCUGAGGUUCAGGCAAAACAAGCUGCUGAGAAAGUGCGCAUCGUCUACAAGGACCUGGAGCCACUGAUCCUCACGGUUGAGGAAGCUGUCCAGCACAAGUCCUUCUUCGAGGGGGAGAGGAAACUGGAGUGUGGAGACGUGGAAGAGGCGUUCAAGACAGUGGAUCAGGUUCUGGAAGGUGAGGUCCACAUGGGUGGUCAAGAGCAUUUCUACAUGGAGACUCAAAGCAUGCUUGCCAUUCCCAAGGCAGAGGACCAGGAGAUGGACAUCUAUGUGUCCACACAGUUCCCCAAGUACAUCCAGCACAGCGCAUGGCUCGUGUGUCAGCACACUGCUGCAGUGUGUAGCAACUGUCACACUUCUGCUUCACGGGACAGUUGCUUAAAGGUCGUGGGGCAGUGGCGAGUCCUUGCUGAAAACUGCUGUCAUUCCCAGGAUAUCGUUGCCUCGACCUUGAAGCUCCCGGCUAACAAGGUCAUGUGCCACGUGCGGCGUGUUGGGGGGGCGUUCGGGGGAAAGGUGAUCAAAACCAGCAUCAUGGCAGCCAUCACUGCAUUUGCCGCCCACAAGCACGGCCGCGCGGUCCGCUGCGUCCUGGAGCGAGGAGAAGACAUGCUGAUAACUGGGGGCCGACACCCUUACCUUGGGAAGUACAAGGUGGGAUUCAUGAAUGACGGCCGGAUCGUGGCACUGGACAUGGAGCAUUACAACAACGGAGGCAACUCCCUGGACGAGUCCUUGUUCGUGCUAGAGAUGGGGCUUCUGAAAAUGGAGAAUGCAUACAAGUUCCCCCACCUGCGCUGCCGGGGCCGUGCCUGCAGAACCAACCUCCCGUCCAACACGGCGCUGCGAGGCUUUGGCUUCCCCCAGGCGGGGUUUGUCACAGAGUCCUGCAUCGAGGAGGUGGCGGCCAAGUGCGGCUUGUCCCCAGAGGAGGUCCGGGAGGUGAAUAUGUACAAGGGCACCAAGCAGACGCCCUACGGACAAGAGAUCAACACGGAGGGCCUGGCCCAGUGCUGGCGUGAAUGCAAGGCCCAGGCCUCCUUCUCGCUGCGGCGGGCGGCCGUGGAGAGGUUCAACGCAGGCAGUGCCUGGAAGAAGAGAGGACUGGCCAUGGUGCCCCUGAAGUUCCCGGUGGGCGUGGGCAGCGUCGCCAUGGGCCAGGCCUCUGCCCUGGUCCACGUUUAUCUGGAUGGCUCCGUGCUGGUCACCCACGGCGGCAUUGAAAUGGGGCAGGGUGUCCACACGAAAAUGAUCCAGGUGGUGAGCCGGGAGCUGAAGAUGCCCAUGGCGAACGUCCACCUGCGUGGGACAAGCACCGAAACCGUCCCUAACGCCAAUGCCUCGGGGGGGUCCGUGGUGGCCGAUCUUAACGGGCUGGCGGUGAAGGACGCCUGUCAGACUCUUCUCAAACGCCUGGAACCCAUCAUCAGCAAGAAUCCUCAGGGGGCAUGGAAGGACUGGGCUCAGGCCGCUUUUGACGGAAGCAUCAGCCUCUCAGCGAUCGGGUACUUCAGGGGUUACGAGUCAAACAUCGACUGGGAGAAGGGCCAAGGCCACCCCUUUGAGUACUGCGUGUACGGUGCGGCCUGCUCAGAGGUCGAGAUCGACUGCCUGACGGGGAACCACAAGAACAUCCGGACAGACAUCGUCAUGGAUGUCGGCCACAGCAUCAACCCAGCCCUGGACCGUGGCCAGGUCGAAGGCGCCUUCAUCCAAGGCAUGGGACUGUACACCUCGGAGGAGCUGAAAUACUCGCCCCGGGGCAGUCUGCACACUCGGGGCCCCGACCAGUACAAGAUCCCAGGCGUCUGCGACAUCCCCACUGAGCUGCACAUCUCCUUUCUGCCUCCAUCCGAAAACUCGAAUACCCUGUAUUCGUCCAAGGGCCUGGGCGAGUCUGGGAUAUUCCUGGGGUGCUCCGUGCUCUUCGCCAUCCGGGACGCGGUGCGUGCCUCGCGGCAGGAGAGAUGUCUGCCUGGGACCGUGGCUCUCAGCAGCCCACUGACCCCAGAGAAGAUCCGGAUGGCCUGCGAGGACAGGUUCACCAAGAUGAUUCCAAGAGACAUACCUGGAUCCUGUGUUCCUUGGGAUGUGCUCGUUUGAAUCCCACGCAGCCUCUGGAGGCGUGGGUGGCUCCUGCUCAGCAGCCCAGCCAGUCCCUAGCUUCUCAGACGGAUUCACUCAGCUCGGAGACCUCUGCACACUGCUGCCUCUGCAGGAAGCCGGUUCCCAGUGCUUCCUGCAGGACUCAGUAGAUAGGUGAUGGGUGAUAGAUAGAUUGCAGACAGAUAGAUGUUAAGAGAUAGAGGAUAGCUGAUAGAAGACAAACAACAUGGUAUAUGGUAGAUAAUAGGUGAGAUUGAUAGAUGGUUAGGCUUAAGCAACUCAUAAGGCACCCUGUAAAUGGUGUGAAUAUUAACUGUUUCCCUCAAGCGUGGUAUCUCCAUUACUCUGUCCCUUGGACCCAUCUGCUAACUGCAAAACAUGAUUUUAUGUGAUUUGUGUCUGACUGUUAUUCACCAGCAGAGCUGUACUCUUACUGAAGGACAGCUGUCUGAAUAAGUUUAUAAUAUAUGCACUGCUGAAGCGAA